UCAGAACCCCAACUGAGGACAGCACCUAAAAAAUCGUGGCAACAGUUAUUACUCAUUCACUUCUGCUCCUCCAAUCUCAAAUGCUAUGUUAUUAGUAGAUCAACUUCAAGGAUUCAAGCAGAAGCUAAGAGCCCACCAUUUCCAGAACAUUCAACAAUACAAACAUUUGAUAAUCCUAUCAAUUUUGGAUUACCAUCUCCGUUAUGUCUAUGUACACAAAUGGGAUCCCCAAAGUUUAGGAUUCUCACACAGCUAUUGAACCCAUUUCGCUCAUGCUGCAGAUGGGUUUCAACGAAUUUAUACAGGAAGAACCAGAGCUUUUGAUGACCCCUAUUAUGUUCCUGAUCCGGUAUCCUUGCUUGGGCCUGUUUCUGAGUCACUUGAUAAUUUUCAGUUGGACUUUGGUGCUGGCUUUGGAAUAGACGUGGGAAUGGAAAGACCUUGUGGUUUGAAGAAUAUAUCUGCUGCUGAAAUUAGCAAGCCCUCACCUCUAGUCUCCAGUGUCAAGAUCACGAUCUGUUGAUGAAAGGCAUGCGAAUUCUAGCAGAUUCCCAAUUACCCCAAAGGCCCAAGAUCUUCCGUCUUUUACUGUGGAUGAUGCUAAUACAAAUGAGAAAGGCACAUGGCAGAUGUGGAACAGUUCUCCCCUUGAUCAGGAUGGUCUGGGCUUGGUGGGUGAUCCCGCAAGCUGGUUCUUGCCCCUUGGUACAUAAUAGAUCUAACAAGGAAGACUUUUUGCACCCUUCUUCUCAGAAAGCUAUGGCGUCAUUGUUCACAAAAGAGGACCAUAUACUUGCUGGCAAAUGGUCUCCUCGGAAAGUUUUUCUUGGUAAUGGCCAGAAUGGUGGAACAUUCAGUUCUGUAGCUGAUCCAAGAGAUUCCUAUCCAUGGUUACAGAAGGCCUUCUUUCCACCAUUAUCUGGCAGUGAUAACCAUUUUCUUAACAAGUCUGGGGAGGAAUUGAGUUAUGGAAAUCACUGUGGAUCUGCAGGCAUCCAUCCAUUUGAGCAUUUUCCAGCAAAUUGUUGGCCCAAGAAGGAAUGGGGUAUGCCAGAUCAGAGCAGCCUGUUGGAAAGUCUUCUAUAGAAGGGCCA